AUGUCUUUGGAGAGUCAGGUGGCACUUAAGAGACAAGAGUUAAAUGCUCUGAAAAAGAUUACACGGUUGACUGACUCGAUGAAGGCGCAAUUGGAUGAAAUGGCUCACCAGGUUAAUCAUAUGGAGUCGAAUGCGGCAUCGGUCUCGCACGUUAUGGAAAAUUGGAACUCUAUAACAAGAUCAAUAUCGCAAGCCGGUUUGAGCCUGCUCCAGUAUACUGAGGCAGACUACGAGGUGGGCACUUGGGACUCGCGUAAGAAAGGUGAGGGUGAAACGGGAGAUGAUAGAGAUAAACGGACUCCUUUGCCAGAAACACUGGUACGAAUAAGAGUUGAAGAUCAGGAAGAGCUACCUAAUUGA